AUGGGUCUCGUUUCGAUUCCAUUCCUUUCAAGGAAUUCUACCAACUGGUGCUUCGUAAAUUUGUCGUUCUGCUUCACUACUAUUGCCAGUAACAUCCAGUUGGCGAAGGCUCGUGGCGGACAGCGCGGCAUUUCAAGACACAUUCCUAGUCCAUCCGUGGGCUCUGAGUACUCGGACGCAGUCUGCGAAACGGUCGUCGUUGGUGAUAAUCAUGCCGCCUUCCAUUGUGGUCAUCUGAUGAGAGAAAAAGAAUGA